CUUCAGGGAGCGCGCCUCCGCGCUGCAGUGGCUCGGGCUCAUGCUCGCCCUGGGCGGGAUCUCCGUGUACUCGAUCCUCAGGAACCGCGCCGUGGGCGUCGACGCCCUGUCCGCCCUCGGCUACGAGCUGCUGGACGAGGGGCUGGCCGACGGGACCGAGACCCCGGGCGCGGAGAAGGUCACCGCGCUGGAGUUCGCCCCUUCCGAGGGCCCCGAGGCCGGGCGGCUUGCCGGCGCCGAGGCCAGCGGGCCGCCGGCGGGCGGCGCGCCUGGCGUGCAGCCCAGCGUGGUGGGCUUGCCGCUGGAGGGCCGCGCGGGGGGCGGCCACGCGCCCCGGAGGGCGCGGGCCUCUCGGGACGAGGAGGAGCUCGAGCUCGAGGUGCGCGCUGCCCUCGGGAUCGGCAGCGGCGUGUGGGCGGGGGCGGCGUGGACCGCGGGGGCGGGCCAGGCGGCGGGGCUGCCGCGAGGGGGCUGCGAGGAGGCCGGGGCCGCGGGGGCGAAGGGCGCCGCCUCGGUGGAGGCGCUGGCCGCCACGGCGGAGGACAGAGGGGGCAGAGGAAAAGACGAGGCCUGCCCACAUCUCGUGGAGCCACACGGAGCCGAGAACGGGCGCGAAGAGGCCGGGCGAGAGGCCGCGGGCGAGGUCGAGAGGGGCGUCCUGGACGAGGCCGAGGCCGGGGCCAGGGAGGAGGACGAAGCGGCGAGGGCCAGGGAGGAGGCCGCGAGGAGGGCCCAGGAGGAGGCCGAGGCGAGGGCCAGGGAGGAGGCCGCGAGGAGGGCUCGAGAGGAGGCCGAGGCGAGGGCCAGGGAGGAGGCCGAGGCGAGAGCCCGGGAGGAGGCCGAGGCGAAAGCCGCGGAAGCCCGAGCCAGGGAGGAGGCCGAUGCCAAAGCCAGGGGUGAGGCCGCGAGGAGGGCCCAGGAGGAGGCCGAGGCAACGGCCAGGCGGGAGGCCAAAAGUGUCUACCAGACGCAGUGGCUGGCACCGCCCAGUACCGACGAGUACAGGGCGGAAUUUGCGCAGCUGGGCCCCAGCACGGCGGGCAAAGUGAGCGGACAGCAGGCGAAGCCUAAGCUGGUCGAGAGCAAGCUCCCUUCGAGCAUCUUGCGCGAGGUCUGGGCCCUGGCCGACGCGGACAAGGACGGGAUGCUCACGCUCUACGAGUACGCGUUGGCCAUGCAUUUCAUCAAGAUGAAGCUGAACGGCCAGGAUCUUCCAGCCGCUCUUCCAGAGAAGAUGCACCCCUCGUCGGUCGAGGCGAUGGUCACGGACGAGACGAGGGCCACGGAGGAGGCGGGGGCGAGAGUCCGGGAGGAGGCCCAGAGAAGGAAGCGUGAGGAGGCCGAAGUCAGAGCCAAGGAGGAGGCGGAGGCGAGGGCCAAGGAGGAGGCCGAGAGGGCCCGAGAGGAGGCCGAGAGGAGGGCCCGGGAAGAAGCCGAGGCGAGGGCCAAGGAAGAGAAUGAGCGGAGGGUUCAGGAGGAAGCAGAGGCGCGAGCCAGAGAGGCCAGAGCGAAGGAGGAGGCCGAGGCGAGGGCCAGGGAGGACGCCGCGAGGAGGGCCCGAGAGGAGGCCGAGGCGAGGGCCCAGGAGGAGGCCGCGAGGAGGGCCCAGGAGGAGGCCGAGGCGAGGGCUCGAGAGGAGGCCAGAGCCAGGCGGGAGGCCGAGGACAGGGACCGCCAGGAGGCCGAGGCGAGAGCGAAGCAGGAAGUCGCGAGGAGGGCGCGAGAGGAGGCCGAGGCGAGGGCUCGGGAGGAGGCCGAGGCGAGGGCCAAGGAGGAGAACGAGAGGAGGGCCCGAGAGGAGGCAGAGGCGAGGGCGCAGGAGGCCGAGAGGAGGGCCCAGGAGCAGGCCGAGGCGAGAGCCAGGAUGGAGGCCGAGCGGAGGGCCCAGGAAGAGGCAGAGGUUAGAGCCAAGGAGGUGGCGGAGAGGAAGGCAGCGGCCGAGGCCGAAGCGAGAGCGAAGGAGGAGGCCGAGGCGAGGGACAGGGAGGAGGCCGCGAGGAGGGCCCAGGAGGAGGCCGAGGCGAGGGCUAGGGAGGAAGCCGAAAGGAGGGCCCAGGAGGAGGCCGAGGCGAUGGCCAGGGAGGAGGCCGCGAGGAGGGCCCAGGAGGAGGCCGAGGCGAGGGCCAGGGAGGAGGCCGCGAGGAGGGCUCGAGAAGAGGCUGAGGCGAGCGCCAGGGAGGACGCCGAAAGGAGGGCCCAGGAGGAGGCCGAGGCGAGGGCCAGGGAGGAGGCCGCGAGGAGGGCUCGAGAAGAGGCCGAGGCGAGGGCUAGGGAGGACGCCGAAAGGAGGGCCCAGGAGGAGGCCGAGGCGAGGGCCAGGGAGGAGGCCGCGAGGAGAGCCCAGGAGGAGGCCGAGGCGAGGGCCAGGGAGGAGGCCGCGAGGAGGGCCCAGGAGGAGUCCGAGGCGAGGGCCAGGGAGGAGGCCGCGAGGAGGGCUGGAGAAGAGGCCGAGGCGAGCGCCAGGGAGGAGGCCGCGAGGAGGGCUCGAGAAGAGGCCGAGGCGAGGGCCAGGGAGGACGCCGAAAGGAGGGCCCAGGAGGAGGCCGAGGCGAGGGCCAGGGAGGAGGCCGCGAGGAGGGCCCAGGAGGAGGCCGAGGCGAGGGCCAGGGAGGAGGCCGCGAGGAGGGCCAGGAGGAGUCCGAGGCGAGGGCCAGGGAGGAGGCCGCGAGGAGGGCUGGAGAAGAGGCCGAGGCGAGCGCCAGGGAGGAGGCCGCGAGGAGGGCUCGAGAAGAGGCCGAGGCGAGGGCUAGGGAGGACGCCGAAAGGAGGGCCCAGGAGGAGGCCGAGGCGAGGGCCAGGGAGGAGGCCGCGAGGAGGGCCCAGGAGGAGGCCGAGGCGAGGGCCAGGGAGGAGGCCGCGAGGAGGGCCCAGGAGGAGUCCGAGGCGAGGGCCAGGGAGGAGGCCGCGAGGAGGGCUGGAGAAGAGGCCGAGGCGAGCGCCAGGGAGGAGGCCGCGAGGAGGGCUCGAGAAGAGGCCGAGGCGAGGGCUAGGGAGGACGCCGAAAGGAGGGCCCAGGAGGAGGCCGAGGCGAGGGCCAUGCAGGAGGCCGCGAGGAGGGCCCAGGAGGAGGCCGAGGCGAGGGCCAGGGAGGAGGCCGCGAGAAGGGCCCAGGAGGAGGCCGAGGCGAGGGCCAAAGAGGAGGCCGAGGCCGAGCGGCGGCGCCGCGAGGAGGCUGGCCCCGGGGCGGCGGCCGAGGACGCUGCGGCGGCCGAGAGCGCGGCGGAGUGCGGCUGGCUGAGCCUGGAGGCGCCGGCAGAGCCGGCCCAGAUCUCCGCCCGUGCGUGCUCGAGGUCCAGGCCACGGGUGCGCAAACCCGCCGCACGGGCGCAAGCUUCUGGGGCCCCGCGCGCAGCUGCGCCGAGGCGCCGGCGGAGCCUCCGGCGGGGGGCGCUGCGGCGGCGGGGGCCGCGCCCUCGGCGUCGAGCAGCGGGCUGGGGAAGGUAGGCAAGCAGCUGGACAGGCUCCGGGCGGGGAGAACGGCGCACGAGCACCGGAUAUUGGCCCAGCCCUUCCCGGCAGGAUCGGCACGCACGCCCUCCCCCCCGGGCUAUACGCCAGGAGGGCGCCUGCGCCGAUGCCGGGCCCAGGAUGGGCUCCCUUGCCCGAGGAUGUCGUCCCAGAUCGUGAAGAUGUCCGACAAGAUGGACCUGGACAAGAUCUCCGGCAGGGUGGACAAGCUGGGGGCAAAAGGGGCCGACAAGAUGAAGAGCUGGAUGCGCGCGGCGGGGGCGGGCUCGGUCGGCAGGGAGGCCGAGCCGGAGCAGAGCCCCGCCACCGAGUCGUCGUCCUCUGGCAGUGCUGCCAAGCUGCCCGGCUUUGGGCGAUCCAAGAUCAGCUUUUCGGCCAUGAAGAAGGGCACCGCCAAGCUGGCGAAGAACGUGCAGUCCGCCAUCGCCACGGACUUCACCGACAUGCCCGACAGGCACGCCCCCAGGACCAACAGCGCGGAUGGCUUCCAGCUGGACGCCGCGCUCGCGAGCUCUGAGGAGGCCCAGUCCAGCGUCGGUGCAGACCCUGGCGUCCCGCCUGGCGAGGCUGCCCAGCUGCCUGAUGGCGCGGGCAGCUUCCAGUUGGACGCUGCGUUGGAGAUGCAACCAAGCUCGAACGUCGAAACAGUGGACCUGCUGGGCUGAGCUUGCUCGGAA